AUGGGUGGAAGAGUAUUCGUCGAUUGGCAGUUGUGGCAGCAGAUGACUUUGAUCCUGGCUUGUGCCAUCGGUAUCGUCUUCGUCAUCGGCUUCAUAAAGCUAUGGUUGUCCAACCGAUACAUGGCGAAGCUCGAAAUCAUCGACGCGGAAAAGAGAGCACAUGCCUCGGAAAUGGCGUCGACCGGCCUUCCGCCCCCGCGAAAGGAAUCCGAUAUUCCCUUUGGCGUCCGCGCCAUCCAAUCCGGCGUCGAAGUCGACGGCAUCUGGAUCUCCCGUCCUGGCACACCGGCCACCGACUCCCCUCCCAACUCAGCCAAGGGCAAGGGCAAGUACGUCUCCCAAGGUCCCAUCUCGCCCGCCUCGACAAACUCCGAUCCCUUUGGCUCUCCGCCAUCGUCUCGCGGCGGUGCCAUCGGCCCGCAGACCUAUCGCCCCAAGUCUUCUCACAACGCCGUCGCGAGCAGGGCCGACGCGCUGAGCCAACUCGAGGGUAACCCACAAAACGCACCCGCCUACAAUACAUACCAGCCCCGCGGCGGCGUCGCCCACUCCGAGUCCUCGGACGAGGCCAACAGCCCCGUCAGCCCCGUCGACCGAGGCAACGCCGGAAUCAGCAGCGAGACGUACAACGGCAUCGACGUCAGGGUCCCCAUCCGCGCCUCGCCCGCCCACCGCCAGCUGAGCAAGGUCCGCAACGUCAGCGGAGGCCCUGCUCAGCCGCCGACGACGGGUGGUGGUGUUCGGUCUUUCAGCGGUAGUCUCCAGCUGCCCAAGAACGGCAAGGCAACAUACUCUACCGUGCCCCAGAUCUCGCCCGGCGGCGAGUUUACCGACCCCUUUGCUACGCCCGUCACCACGCCUGGCGCUGAUCACGCGCUGCUUCCUUCCCAGCAGCAACAGCAGGGACCUCACGUCAAAUUUGCGAAUGUCGAGUACAUUACCAGUCAGCGCUAUGCCAGUGAUGGUAGCAGUGGGAGCAGCGGUAGCAGUAGCAGCAACAACCAGAACUAG